AACGUGACCCAGUUCCCUCCCAGUGAAAAACGCUGGACCAAUCACAGCUGGAGCUGGAGUGGGGGGGGCACAGAUUCUCUGCCAACAGAGAUUAGCAGAGCGAGAGGGACAACCGAGCAUGGGCAGAUCUUAUGAAAUAAGUGAAAAACACCAUUGAGUAAAUCGGCGGUACGGUGCUUGGCUGCUGUAUGCGGAGCGCCCUUCUAUGUGUUUGAUUUUUAAAGGAGAAAUCGUCACUUCACCUCACAGGCAGCACCUUUGCAUUGAACUCUUAACAGCAUCAAUCCUCACAGGUUUCCUGGCACCUGUGGGAUUUCUCACACCGGCCUCCGUUACUAAGCCGAUUUGUCAUGGGACACAAUUCCAUCCACUGGUUCCGUAAGGGGCUGCGGCUGCAUGAUAACCCAGCGCUGAAGGAGGCUGUGCGGGGAGCCGGGACCGUCCGCUGCGUCUACUUUCUGGACCCCUGGUUCGCUGGCUCGUCCAAUUUAGGACUCAACAGGUGGAGGUUUCUGUUGCAGUGCCUGGAAGACCUUGAUGCCAGCCUCCGCAAGCUAAACUCACGGCUCUUUGUCAUUCGUGGGCAGCCUGCCAACGUGUUCCCCCGGCUUUUCAAGGAGUGGAAGAUUUCGCGGCUUACGUUCGAGUACGACUCCGAGCCCUUCGGGAAGGAGCGCGACGCGGCCAUCAAGAAGCUGGCGUCGGAGGCGGGGGUGGAGGUGGUGGUGAAGACCUCGCACACGCUGUACGACCUGGACAGGAUCAGCGAGCUGAACGGCGGGCAGCCUCCACUCACCUACAAGCGUUUCCAGACGCUGGUGAGCCGCAUGGAGCCCCCAGAGCUGCCCGUGGAGCCCCUCUCCGCGGCCUUCAUGGGGGGGUGCAUCACUCCCGUCUCGGACGACCACAGCGACAAGUACGGGGUGCCAUCGCUGGAGGAGCUCGGGUUCGACACAGAAGGUCUUGCCUCUGCGGUGUGGCCCGGCGGGGAGACGGAAGCUCUGGCGAGAAUAGAGCGUCAUCUGGAGAGAAAAGCCUGGGUUGCUAAUUUCGAACGCCCGAGAAUGAACGCCAUCUCCUUGCUGGCGAGUCCGACCGGGCUGAGCCCCUACCUGCGCUUCGGCUGCCUGUCCUGCCGUCUCUUCUACUUCAAGCUCACAGACCUCUACAGAAAGGUGAAGAAGCACAGCUCCCCGCCGCUCUCCCUGUACGGGCAGCUCCUGUGGCGCGAGUUCUUCUACGCGGCCGCAACUGCCAACCCGCGCUUCGACAAGAUGGAGGGCAACCCCAUCUGCGUGCGCAUCCCUUGGGACCGCAACCCUGAGGCCCUGGCCAAGUGGGCAGAGGGCAAGACCGGCUUCCCUUGGAUCGACGCCAUCAUGACCCAGCUGAGGCAGGAGGGCUGGAUCCACCACUUGGCUCGGCAUGCUGUGGCCUGCUUCCUGACCAGGGGAGACCUGUGGAUCAGCUGGGAGGAGGGCAUGAAGGUGUUCGAGGAGCUCUUACUGGACGCAGACUGGAGUGUGAACGCUGGGAGCUGGAUGUGGCUCUCCUGCAGCUCGUUUUUCCAGCAGUUCUUCCACUGCUACUGUCCCGUGGGCUUCGGACGCAGGACGGACCCCAACGGAGACUACAUAAGGCGCUACCUUCCUGUUCUCCGAGGUUUCCCUGCCAAGUAUAUCUAUGACCCAUGGAACGCUCCUGCCGCGGUGCAGAGCGCUGCCAAGUGUGUGAUCGGAGUGCACUACCCCAAGCCCAUGGUGAACCACGCGGAGGCCAGCCGGCUCAAUAUCGAGAGGAUGAAGCAGAUCUACCAGCAGCUGUCCCGCUACAGGGGGCUGGGCCUGCUUGCCUCGGUGCCUUCGAACCACAGUGGCAGCGGGGGCAUGAUGGCGUACUCCCCAGGAGAACAGCAGUCUGGAAACCACAGCGCACACGGUAACCCAGUCGCCAGCGUGAACAGCAGCGUCCUCCUCAGCUUCGACAGCGACGAGCAGCCAGGAACAAGCGUGCUGCAACACGGCUACCCCACAGCCGGAGCGAAUGUACCAGGAGGUGCCGCCCAUCGCGUGUACCAGUCAGCCAGUUCCCACGGGGAGUUUGCAGCGCCCCAGCCACCAGGUCAGUUCCUUCAGGGAAGUGGCGAUGGGAGUCAUUCAGGUAAACGGGAGAGAGACGGGGGUCCUGAAGACGGGGCGCAGACCUCAGCAGUGAAGAAACGUGUGGACAUACAGACUGCGAACAUGGCAUCGGACUGAGGCUCUACAUUAUUAUCCACUACACAGCUGUAUUUUAUUUAUUUAUUUAUUUUUUAUUCAAGGAAAAUAGUCAGAAAUUAUAUUUAGUUUUAUAUGUAAGUUUUGUAAAACAACCCGUCCUGUAUUUUUUUUUUUUUUUAGUUCGUAAAAAGCUGCUCAGGUUUGAAAGUUUUUUGCUGUGUGUGUGUGUUUGUGUUUUACUUUUGGAAGGUAAAACUCUGAUAGGAACACAAGCUCACAUAAACAGAACUCGCUGGAAGUGCGCUGUGCCCGGGAUAUUGUGCAUUAUAUUUUGAUAAGAACAUAAGAAAGUUUACAAACGAGAGGAGGUCAUUCAGCCCGUCUUGCUCGUUUCGUUGUUUGUAGGUUGUUGAUCUGCAGGCCAGUACAACAUCAGUUCCAUUUUUACAUGUGUUUUUUUUUUUUUUUGAGAUAACAAACCUUCCUCAGGAUUCCAAAGUGGAAAAACUGAAUAAUCCUUACGAAGCAAGACCGGGAGACAAGGGAAGGGGGUUUGAUGCUGUAAUCCCCAGAAGGUUUUAAGACACACAGUUUUGUGGUUUCGUUCACUGGAUUUCACUCCCCUUUUGAACGACUCUGAGACAGUUACGUUUUAGAAAACGUUAACUGACCAAAGGAAAACCGUUCACCAGAUCUGUCUGAUUUGUGUUUUUAUAAUGAGAUUAAACUGUAUUAAACUUCACUGCAUUUCCAGGGGCUGGCUGUUUUGUUUUAUAUUGUAAAGUCCUCCGUGAAUCAGUUGCUCCUGUUCCUCUUCUCUCCUGAAGUCGAGGCGGUGAUUAUUUCCACCUUGUUAAAAGCUUUCAUUGACAGCAAUUACAUUUUUGGAAAAUUACAAUAAAUGGUUCAACUGUUUCAAAAUGUUCCAUGAAGUGUUUCAUUUAAAUGUAAGUGUUUUUUUGUGUAUUAUUCCAACAGGAACCUGUGGAUUUAAAAAAAAAAAAACACUAAUGUGCAUUUGUGUGUGCGUCUGCUUUGUAUAAAAAAAUAAAAAAUGCAUUUUAAACAGA